GCCAAGAAUUUUGACCCGGAAGCGGUUGUCCCUGUUCAAUUCAAUGCUUUAGAUCGAACUUGCUGCUUCAGCCAAAAUAAACACACAGACACACACAUUCUGUUUUCCUUUAGUUUUUUUUUUUUUUACCAGACAUGACAAGUGCUCAAUGAGGUCUCACGUCAGCGAUGGCUGUAGUCUCGUGGAAGGAGAUCUGUCUUCUGACUGGACUGGUGGUGGGCUGCUACUGGAACAGCCUGUUCUGUGGUUUUGUGUUCGAUGAUGUCUCUGCUAUCUUGGAUAACAAAGACCUUCGUCCCACCACACCGCUGAAGAACCUCUUCCUCAAUGACUUCUGGGGCACACCUAUGUCAGAGGAGAGGAGUCAUAAGUCUUAUCGGCCACUUACCGUUCUCACCUUCCGCCUCAAUUACCUGUUCAGCGAGUUGAGCUCCUCGUCGUACCACCUCCUCAAUGUGGUUCUUCAUGCCGUGGUGUGUGUCCUCUUUCUCCACUUCUGCCGUCUGCUCCUGGACCGAAGCACCAGCCUCACAGCGGCCCUGCUGUUUGCCGUCCAUCCCAUUCACACAGAGGCUGUAACAGGUGUCGUGGGCAGGGCUGAGUUACUGUCCUCCAUUUUCCUGCUGGCUGCUUUCCUUGCGUACACCAAAUCAAAAGGAGCCGAUCACUCCAUCGUGUGGACUCCCAUCAUUUCAACCGUAUUCCUGGUUGCCGUUGCCACGCUAUGCAAGGAGCAGGGAAUUACUGUUAUUGGGAUAUGCUGUAUUUAUGAGGUCUUUGUUGCCCAAGGAUUCACUCUGCCCAUGCUGAUUGACACCCUACUUCAAGUGGUGAGAGGAAAAGAUGGUUUUCCCUAUGCUGUCCUCCAGACCCUUCUGAAGCUCAUUGUCCUGAUAAUCAGCACACUUUUGCUGGUCAUCGUCAGGGUGCAGGUCAUUCAGUCCCAGUUGCCAGUGUUCACCAGGUUUGAUAAUCCAGCUGCUGUCAGCUCCACCCCGACCAGGCAGCUGACCUUCAACUACCUCCUGCCAGUGAACGCCUGGCUGCUGCUCAACCCCUCUGAGCUGUGUUGUGACUGGACAAUGGGCACUAUUCCCCUCGUGGAGUCCCUAUUGGACCCCCGCAACCUUGCCACGUUGGUAUUCUAUGGUCUGCUGAGCUUCCUGGCUUUUCACAGCCUUUGGUACGGCCACAGUUCUGCCAAGAUCGUCAUGAUGGCAUUGUCUCUGAUCGUCCUUCCUUUCAUCCCUGCAUCCAACCUGUUUUUCCCUGUGGGCUUUGUUGUUGCCGAAAGGGUCCUGUAUGUUCCCAGCAUGGGAUUUUGUGUUUUGGUGGCCCAUGGAUUCAAACUCCUGUCCCAAAGAGGAGGCCUAAAGAAAAUGUCUUGGUUGCUCUUGGGAGUUCUUAUAACAACACACGCCUUGAAGACUUUCAACAGAAACUGGGAUUGGGAGUCCGAAUACACGCUUUUUACAUCUGCACUGAAAGUGAACAGAAACAACGCCAAACUCUGGAACAAUGUCGGACAUGCUUUGGAGAAUCAGAACAGUUAUGAGAGAGCAUUGAGAUACUUUCUUCAGGCUACAAGAGUGCAGCCAGAUGAUAUUGGGGCCCACAUGAACGUUGGGAGAACCUACAAGAACCUAAACAGGUCCAGAGAGGCAGAGGAGGCAUAUCUAAUCGCAAAAUCCCUAAUGCCACAGAUCAUUCCAGGGAAGAAGUAUGCAACCCGUGUGGCCCCCAAUCAUCUGAACGUCUACAUUAACCUGGCUAACCUAAUUCGGGCGAAUGACUCUCGCCUGGAAGAAGCCGACCAACUCUAUAGACAGGCCAUCAGCAUGAGACCGGACUUCAAGCAAGCCUACAUCAGUCGAGGGGAGCUUCUUCUGAAAAUGAACAAGCCCAGUGAAGCGAAGGACGCCUACCUACGAGCACUGGAGCUGGACCAUACCAAUGCAGACCUCUGGUACAAUUUGGCUAUUGUCAAUAUCGAGAUGAAGGACCCCUCAGAGGCUCUGAGAAACUUUAAUCGUGCUUUGGACCUGAAUCCACGGCACAAACUGGCACUAUUCAACUCCGCACUUCUCAUGCAAGAGUCAGGUGAGGCAAAAUUUCGUCCAGAGGCAAACCGUCGUUUUCUCACCUAUGUGAAAGAGGAGCCGGAUGAUGCUAACGGCUACUUCAACCUGGGCAUGCUGGCGAUGGAUGCGAACGAGAAUGAAGAGGCCGAGCACUGGAUGCAGGAGGCCAUUCGACUGCAACCCGGCUUCCGCAGUGCUUUGUUUAACUUGGCUCUGCUCUACUCUCAGUCACAACGUGAAUUGGAUGCUCUCCCAGUUCUUGAGGAGCUGUUGCGGUACCACCCGGAGCACGUCAAAGGCUUGAUCCUCAAGGGAGACAUCCUUAUGAACCACCGCAAGGAUACACGUGGUGCAAAGGCCUGUUUCGAACGCAUCUUAAACAUGGACUCCAGCAACGUGCAGGCCAAGCACAACCUAUGCGUGGUGUACUUCGAAGAACGGGAGCUCCAGCGUGCCGAACGCUGUCUAGUAGAGACGCUCGCUAUGGCCCCACACGAAGAGUACAUUCGACGGCACCUCGCCAUUGUGCGCAACAAAAUGGCCGCCAUGAGUGCCGCGGGGCAGCCGAUUGUGCAGACAGAGGACAGUAGUGUGGCCGAAAAAGAGCAAGAGCAACAUCAACAGGACAAAAAGGAGGAGGAGGAGGAAGGGCAAGGAGUUGCUUCAGGAGCAGGGGAGGGGGCCAGGAAAGAGAAGAAUAUGAGGAAAUCCUCCCCCACAGAAAGCGUCAGCGGCCAGGGCCACGGCCAAUCAAAGAAUCUGGAUGCAAGCCAGCCUGACAAGAGGACUAACAGCAAAUCCACAAAAGAGAUUAAAGAUAUAGAAAAGAAAAGGGCGGCUGCCUUGAAGAGACUGGAGGAGAUUGAACGCAUAUUAAGCAGCGAUUAACCUUGUUUAUCAACCACCACACUAUUUUUAUAUAUAACUAUUUAAAGCGCAAGAACGAGACUCCUGUUUUUCCUCCACAAAUUGAGCCCUUGUUUAUGCAUGUCUUGUUGCGCUUUUGUUUGAUUGUUUUUUAUAUAUAUAUAUAUAUAUAUAUAAGGUGUGGUAUACUUCCUUUUCCCACAGCUUUAAUUAUGUAAAGCUGUUUGGCUGAAAAAGGAAACCAGGUGUGCAUUCACAACAUGCGCUGAAAAAGCACAAAAUUAGGUACUUUUUUUUAAAGAAACUGCAAAAUAAAAAAUCGUAUUUUACCAUAUUGUUUAUUUAUGAUUGUCUAUAUUUGAGUCACUGGAUUAGUUUUUGUCACUUUUGUGUAUUGAUUUAACCACUGGCAAGUAUUACUCGUAAUCACAGAUAAAAAUGUUGGUAUAUUAGCCAGCCCAUUUUAAUGCAGGGCCUCUGAGUGGUCCGUUACUUGGCUGUUGGGUUUUAGAUCAGCAAGCUUCUUUGUAUGACAUCACCAAUUUCCUCCAAUUCUCAGCUGCUGUUUGUUGAUGUCAUUAUUGUUGUUAUUUUAGUCUUGACGCUGAAUGGUGUCAGUGUUUAAUUAUAUCCUAUGACAUAAUCUAAUUAUGAAUUAGGGUCACCUCCCUUCGCCAGCCCUGUUUUUGAAGGCUUCUGGGAUUUUUCAACAUGGCUUGCAUUCUCUUUGGGCUCUUACAGAUUGCACAGUUUGCUCAUGCAGAGCCAGACUUUGCUUUUUAUUUGUUUUCUGCUGCUUUUAGCUCUGUUUCUUGUUCUCCCCACAAAGACUAAACCAUAACAUUAAAAUAAAGCAUUAAGAAAAAAAACUUAACCUUGAUUUAAAGGAUUAAUUCCCCCCAAAUUAUACUUGUCAACCUCUGCUUAACCUUGUGUGAUUUCAAACCUGUAUGACUCUGCAACAUUUUUUUUAAUAUACCUCCUAAUGUUAUAAAUGAUGCAAAAGCAUUAUAUGGCUUCUGAGCUGUGCAAUAGCUUUGUCUGACUAAAAAAAAAUCAAAUUUAAAUUAUUUGGUUUAAAUUUAAAUGAAAAUUAUUCAAUGAAAAUCCCCACUUAAGCUCACCUAGGCAAGUUCAUAAGAGAACUAGUGAUGUCGGAUUGACCCAUUAUUUUGAAUCUGAUCUUUUCAAUGUAGCAUUCAAUCUAAUUCUGGGAGUGAUUAGUUUGAUUCGCCGAUCCAACGAUACACUCGGAGCAGUUUACAGCUCACUGGAAGAGAAGAUUUUCCAUGAAUUACUAACAUUUUGGCCUGUUCCUCAUACAGUUCAUAAAGACUUCACAUAUGGUGCGUAUGUAGUCAUUGGACCAUAAAACUAUGUUGCUUUUUUGAAACUCUGCACAGUCUGCAUCUAAUGCAAUUGCACUGACAUGAACGAACAGUAGAGUUCAUCACUGUGUAGCCCAACAUUUUUGCAGAUUUUUUUAAGCUUUGAUUUUGAAAAGAAUCAAUCACCUUUUUAAAAGCGAAGAUUAUACGCCGUUGUGUUACUUUAGUAUUUUAAUGUGCUGCAGAUACAUAUGCUGUACACAGUCAAGUUGGGCAUAUUUUUUUCUAACAACCAUGCGCUCUUGCAGGAAUCCUGUCGUCGUUUUACUGUUUACUUUGAAGGCAGGCCCUGAAAUAUCUUCUUUGACCUUUUAUGAAGAUCCUCAAAGGGAAAGAAAAGCUACUUGAGAGCUAGCUGUAUUAACACAUGAAACUUCUGGGGUGUUACUUUGUUGCAUUAAACAAGUAGCAUAACUGUUGCCGUUAUCCGAUUAAGUAGUGGACUCAAGCAGUUCACAGUAUUAUCAGCUGUUUUGCCAAUUGAGAAUCACCCGUAAAACUUGAGCGAGAAACCUGAUAACUACACCUGUUUGCUUUUUCUUUUGGCAACUUGUGCAUCUAAAUCUUUUUUUUAUUUUAUUGUAAGUUUGAUAGUCUCUAAGGACAGAUUUACAUGGUUGUAUCAUGUUAAUUUUAAAAUAUUUAGUGUUAGGAGUUCACCUCUCUAAGAGGUUCAUUUCCCACUCAAUCAUCUCACGCAACUCUCAUUCAGCUGUAUGUGAUAUGUCAUAUUUCAAGUUUCCCUCGGCUCAGCUUGAGUCCUAAUGAUGUUUUAGGACCUUUUCCUCAUGUUUACUCAUGCUGUGCUUUUACACCAAAUCCCAUUUCUUACAUCUUGAUUUAUAGUAUUUGCUUUUUUACUUGGACUAAUGUUUGACUUAUGAGUGGUGGUGGGACCUAUGGUUUUUCCAAUAAAAACAACUUACAUCAGAAAUGUCUCAUAAAUUCCACUUUUUUUAUGCAUUCUGGCAGCUGCAAACAAGCCAACGCAGAGACCUGAUCAAUUUUUUCGAUUCGCAAAAUCCACAAGGUCCAAAUUUACUCCCUCACGCCUUUGACUCGUGUGCUACCCAAAGGCUGCAACUGUCAUUUUACUUGUUGUCAAGGCCUCGGGUUUCAGCAUUGAGCUUGUGUUGCAAUAAUCCUCGCUGUAAUGUGAUAUGUGCGCAAUGAAGUGCGCUGCAAACAAGUGGUACUUUGUUGCAUUUGUUGAACUAUUUGGCAGGAUAUUGAUCUUGGUAAUUAACAAAUAUUUGUGUAACCCAUUAACUCAAGGUGCCAGGUUUUUGUGGAAAUAGGCUUAUGCUAAGAGUGGAAGGCCCAUAACUAGGAUUUGUUGCAACCGUCGCAAACGUAAUUAUGCACAGAAUCUGGCAGGCAGAGGAGACUAAACCGCUGAAACUUGAGCUUUAAAUCGUCUGCAGAG